UGUUCGCAAACAUUUUCCGCCUUUAAAACAAAUAAAUAUUGCUAGAAAUGUGUUAUGUGUGAGCAUAUUGUGAAAAUUGUAUCGACAGCUGUAAUUCGAGCGGCUGCAAAAGCAGUGUGAAAAAUUAAUAGUGUGUGUAUGCGAGAAAGAAAUGCAGCGAGGCAUUCGGUAUUUGCGUUUGGCAAAGAGCUUAAAUAAAUUAAAUACUUUUAUUAAAAAUUACAAUUGGAAUUUUAAUGUUUCUACUACUAAAUUUUGAUUGCGUGAAUUUACGUCUGGCAUCAUUCCAUUUCGCACACGACACCGAACGACUGCUACGAAUUUAUUCAUCCAUAGAGGACGUAAAUAUAAGCAUUUCAAGAUGUCGUAAUUAAUUAAGAAAUGGAAGCAGCAUCAAAACUUAUAUAUUAAUCCGAUAAUUAAUUUAACCACUUUGUAAAAUAGAUUUGUAUAAUAUUAAACGCAUCAAAUACAUCAAUAUUACUCUUAAUAACAACAUAACCGUGCACAAUAACAAACAUAAUACUUGAAAAAAUAAAAAUAAAAAAUAAAAAAAUAUAAAAAAAAUAAUCAUAAAUAAAAACAGUACGACGAACAUAAAAGAAGAAAAUGACCGAGAAAGAAAUGCAAGCACACGAAAUGGUGCGGCGGCGCAAUUGGUCGCGUGCCGUUUCGCUCUACGACCAAAUAUUAGAGCAAAUCUCUGCAACUGCUGUCGCUGCCGCUGCCACUAUUGCCUCUGCAAACAAUAAUAACAACACGGCCAAUAGUAAUAAUUCAGCACUGGCGCGUUCGCAAAAAGAUCGACAAAUAGCUUGUCUACUGGGACGUUGUGAAUGCUUGCUGGAACUGAAUCGCUAUGAGCAGUGCCUCGCCGAUGCACGCAAAGUGUUGGCGCUGCUGGUUGAUCAGUCGGCGGAUUGUUUGGCAAGUGUAUCACGUGCUCGCCGUUGGCUCGUGCAUGCGCUUUGUAAGCUGAAAAAAUAUGCUGAAGCUGAACAAUUGUUGCGAGAAUGGAUUCUCGAGUUAAAUGGUCAACAAAGUUUUUUAGACAUUUCCAAAACACUGGAACGUUACAAAUGCAUACUACAAAUGAUAAAUGGGCACAAGUUUACGCAGAAGAUCUCACAGUCACGACUUGAAGACGAAAUGUCCAUAUUGGACACAAAAUUGGAUCAUUGGGCUACCAAUAAUCUGCCGUUGGAUAAAUAUAGCAAAUUGUUAAGUAACAAAGGACUGAAAAAGACACGGGAAGGCGUCAAUGAACGCAGCGGUGCUGAUGGCCGAGGAAAUGGCAGCAACAGCAUAGGCUCUAUUUGUCAACAUAACGGCUCUAUUGGGAGUGGAGGUGGCAGCAGUAGUAUAAGUAGUAGUAGCAGUAGUGGUAGUGGAAGUGGCAGUUCCACAACAAUAUUGCAAAAGACAACCGAUCUGUUGGCCGCGAUUAAAGUGUCUGGUGGCAAGCAUGUGAUCUCCAAUCCUGGUACAGCUGUCGAUGACAAUGACAAUGCCACCUACUGUUCCUACUGUGCUAUUAGUUUUGAAACGCGCAAUGAGUUGCGCCAACAUUGCCAGACUGAAAGUCAUCAAAAUGUCAUUAUGUCAUAUGAGGGUCGCGAUUGGAAGUGGAGACCACCACCCCGCGGCUUCACUAUGGAACCAUAUACGCUGUGCGAGGCAUAUCAGGAAACACAGACAUGUCACUAUGGAAAUCAAUGCGUAGACGCACACGGACAAGAUGAGCUAAAUGAGUGGAAAGAACGUUUUGAAUAUCGCCGUAUGCGUUUACAAAAAGCUAGCGAAAAAGAGCUCUAUGGCAAAUCGUAUACGGAACAAAUAUUAGAACGUUGGAUACAAGCAACCGCACCCGAACGCAUCAUGUGCGAGAAGGUGGACGGUGUUGAAGUACGUUGCGAACAAGAACUAGUAACGAGUAUCAGUUCGAAAAGCUCAAAGCGUGAGUGGAUUUUUGUGUUGAAAACAACGCGUAUGUUACGAGCCGUGACGAUGUUGCAAGACGCGCAUCGUAAUCAUUACGCCAUAACAGGCAUCAAAUUGGACAGCGCCGCGCCCAUAUAUGAUCUUAAAUCUAACCAAGAAUGGGUGUCAGCUACGCAUAAAAUAACGUCAAGUGAAAAGGACUCAACGAAGAAAGAGUUCAACGACACGGCACAGGCAGAAACGCCGUUGCUAGAGCACCGAGUAACCAUUGAAUUUCACACGGACAUUUAUGGCACCUUCCGACAAACAGUGUGCUUCGAUUUGGGCACCGAACCAAUGCUUGUGCAACAACUUUGUGUCGAUGUGGUGCCCGUUGGCGAUGCGGAGCGAAUAGAGGAAAUCAAACGCGAUAUUAUAAACAGCUCGGUGACUCGUUGGGAUGUCUCCAAUACGAAUUUAGUCAAAUUCGAAACCACCAUUGGUACACAUCUGAAGACUGAGGCCUACUUGAAUGAUCUGAAACAUGAGAAAGAAAUGCUCGAACGCUAUCCUUGCCCACGUGCGCAAACUUUUACGCUAACACAAUCGACAAUUGUCGAGAAACGCCUCACACAACACAAUUAUCGUUCGCGCAUACACGAGCUACUGUAUGUUGAGGAAAUAGCACGAUAUGAGCAAAUCGCACGCUACAAUGUGCGCACCAAACUGACUGUGGCAUCCAAUUAUAUACUGACACCAGCCGGUAUGGCUACUAGUACGGCGAAAUUCUCGCUGACAGGCGAGUUAUUUGCAUUAAUGCGACUUGGAAAAGACAUUUCAGAAGACACAUCUGCUGGACGUUUAAUUUUAUCCAACUGUUCUAGCGUAUACAUUAGUGCACCAGACGAUAUGCAUCCACUCAAAGAACGUAAACGUAGUGUCUACGAAGCGACAAUUGAGGAUAAAGGCAAAAAUGUGAUUUAUCUGAAAUUAUCUGCCAAAUGUGUGGAGGGUAUGAGUUUGAAGGCUGACACCGAAAUCGAAGUUGAUAUACAAUUUCAACUGAAUCGCUUGCCCUACUGUGAAUGGCAUAAUGCAGUUGAUAAAAUAACCGAUUUUAAAAUAAUAUUUCCUGCCACCGAAACCGAACCGAAUAUACCCUGGACACCAAAAAAGCAAUGGUCCGAUGCAUGUGAACCGAAAUUGAAUGCAAAGCAACGUGAGGCGGUAAAUGCAAUCACAACAACCUUAAGCAUCAAAUUGCCUCCCAUUCUGUUGAUAGGUCCAUUUGGUACUGGUAAAACCUAUACGUUGGCUCAAGCAAUCAAACAACUCUUAACGCAGCCUGAGGCUAAGAUUCUAAUUUGUACUCAUUCAAACUCUGCGGCCGACUUGUAUAUCAAGGAGUAUCUGCAUCCAUGGAUUGAACAAGGUGUGGAGGAGGCAACACCAUUGCGUGUGUAUUACCACAAACGUUGGGUGGCCACCGUCAAUAGUGUCGUGCAAAAGUAUUGCAUAACAGACCCUGCUGGAAAUUUUCGUCGCCCCACCGUCGAGGACAUCAAAAAGCAUCGAAUCGUUGUGGUAACCUUAAGUAUAUCCAUGGAGUUGGCUAACCUCGGUCUACCCAAAGGUUAUUUCACUCACAUCUUUCUUGACGAAGCCGCACAAGCUAUGGAAUGUGAGGCUAUAAUGCCGCUGGCGUUGGCCAAUGAUAGUACGCGCAUCGUAUUGGCUGGUGAUCACAUGCAAAUGAGUCCCGAAUUGUUUUCUGCCUUUGCAAAGGAACGAAAAUUACACAUUUCGCUGCUCGAACGCCUUUACGAUCAUUAUCCUUCGAAUUUCCCUUGUAAAAUUUUACUUUGCGAAAAUUACCGCGCUCACGAAGCGAUUAUAAAAUUUACAUCCGAAUUAUUUUAUGAGCAGAAAUUAAUUGCCUCCGGCAAACAGCCGCGACACGAACGUUUCUAUCCGUUGACGUUUUUCACCACGCGCGGUGAAGAUGUGCAGGAUAAGAAUUCAACAGCAUUCUACAACAACGCUGAAGUUUAUGAAGUGGUGGAGCGUGUAUCGGAGUUACGCCGCAAAUGGCCCGUCGCCUGGGGGAAAGUGAACGAUGCGAGCAUUGGUAUAAUGACGCCCUAUGCCGAUCAGGUUUUUCGCAUACGUUCGGAGCUGCGUAAACGGCGUAUGGGCGGUAUUUCUGUGGAACGUGUACUCAAUGUGCAAGGUAAACAAUUUCGCGCCGUCUUCCUGUCCACUGUACGUACGCGCGCUACAUGCUUGCCGCAAAUGAUCAACGCAAUGAUGACUGGACAAGGUGGCAUGCAUCCCAGCGGUAUGGGCGGGUUGCCAGCGGAAGAUGCCGAUUAUGGUUUCCUUAGCAACUCUAAGCUGCUUAAUACGGCGAUAACACGCGCUCAGAGUUUAGUUGCAGUUGUUGGAGAUCCCGUGGCGCUCUGCUCGAUUGGCCGUUGUCGUAAGGUUUGGGAGCGUUUUAUCGAAAUCUGUGACGAGAAUAAAUCUUUAUUUGGCAUAACUUGGUCAUACUUGCGUUCCCAGUUAGAUGGCGUCGAGUUCAAGCGCGGCUAUGUGUUGAAUCCGCUGGCCCCGGAGUUUAUACCGCGUGCAAUGCAACCGGAGGCGUACUUGCGUGAUCAGACCGCCAUGUAUUUGAUGGGCGCAGCAGGCGCCAACGUCAACCACCACGGUGGCCCUCAUCCAGGUGCCGGACCACAUCACCCAGGCGGCCCAUUGCAGCCGCACACGGCUGGUAUGUUAGCCGCUGCUGCAGCGGUCGGUGGAGGUGGGGGUCCUGGCGGUGGUCAAAUGCAACCACAUCAUGCCGCUAUGGCUGCAGCAGCCAAUCAUCAACAACAAAUGCAAAUGCAAAUGUACGCUCAGCAUCCCGCCGCUGCAGCUGCCUAUAAUGCCGCAGCCGCCGCAGCAGUUAUGAUGAAUCAGAAUAUGGUAGCCGGCAAAGGAGGUGCCGGCAGUCAUCAUUUUCCUGGACCAACACACGGGCCUAAUCACAUGAAUAUGCGCGCACUGGGGCCACAUCAACCGGGCGGACCACAACAACAGCCAGGACCACCGCCUGGACCGGGGCCGCUAGGUCAACAGUAUAACAUGCGCGGACCGCCGCCUUCCGGCGUACACUUGAAUCAACCGCCACCACCAGGCACGGGUGGGGCGCCUUCUCAAUUCGCUGCACAGUACAUGCCGUGGCAACAAGCACAACAGCAGCUUCGUGGCGGACCACCAGGCGGUAGUGGUGCAGGCGGUAACUAUCCACCACCAGGCGCAGGACCGCAAUCGCAGAACCCCAACGCAACGCUUUGGGGACCACCACCACAAUCGAAUCCAUGGAGCGCAUUGCCCAAUAAGCAACAGCAAAUGCCGCCACAACCACCGCCGAACAGUGUGAGUGGCGGUGGCGGCGUCAGACAAAUGGGACCUCCGCCACCAAACGCGCAACAACAGCAAACGCCAGCGGGCAUGCGCGGCGGUAGUGUGCCGCUGCAGCCACCACCACCGAAUGCACAACAGCUGCGCGCCAACUCGAAUGACAUGGGCUACUUGGCGAAGAAGGGUUACGGACCGCAUGCCGCACCAGGCGGACCACAACAACAACCACCGCCAUUGCAUGGCACGUUUGGCGCGUACGUCGGCAACAAUGCGCCACCCCCGCCGCCCAGUCAACUACAACUGAUGAAUCAACGCAAUAUGGGCGGCGGCAUGCCGAACGGCCCGAUCAGUCCACUUGAUCCAUACAUACCACGAACACAAGGCGGCAGUGGCCCCGCCGGUGCGCCUCCCACAGCGAACAAUUUCUUUGGCGGUGGUGUGAAUAACCUUUCGGCGAUCGGCAAGGAUAAUAAGGACUUUCAAUUUCUCAACAAUGUACAUAUGCCGCCGCUGAAUUUAAGCGGGGGUGGUGCGAAUAACCUUUUCCAACCGCCAGGCGCAUUGCAACCGCCUGUGCCGUCCAACAAUAAACAACAAUCGCCGUCGGCGCAACGCUUCCCUCAACCCCAAGAAUAUGCCGCCUUACUGCCACCCAAUAUGAGUAUAUAUGACAUGGCUUUCGAGCCCAAGGACUCGCAGUAUAAGUGGUGCUUGAAGCUGCUUGAAACUCACGGACAAGAGGCGGUCAACAAAUUCACCGAAGGUUUGGGGCAAGUUUUGAACAUGCUAAACCAACAACAACAGCAGCAGCAACAUGCCCAACAAAUGAACUCGCGUGGACCGCAAAUGCAGUCGCAACCACCUCCACCGCCGCCACCGCAUCUCAACGUAAAUCAAUUGCUGCCGCGCGAUAUCAUGCAGCAAUAUAUGCUGCCCGCUUUGAUGGGUGGCGGCGGCAAUGGAGGCGUUGGACCGCAGCCACCAAUGCAACAGCCGCAACAACAACAGCGCAAUAGCUUAAUGGUUGGAGGAGGUGGUGGCGGCGGCGGUGGUAGUGGUGUUGGUGGUGGUAUGCACCACACAUACCCGAUGAAUCCGCUGGCCGCUUUGGGCAAUCAACAAGGUCCACAACAACCACCACCACCACCAUCCCUAUUGCCUCCGCCCACGGAUGAGACGCCACCUUUGGACGGCAUCAAUUUCAAUCAACAAAUAGAUUUGGCUUUCAACACCCUACUGAAUGGUAGUAAUGCGCAGCCCAUCUUACGCAAUCUAUUCAGCACGCCGGCUACACGCAACGCUAAUGGCAACAAUCUAAUGAACGGUGGUGAUUUUCUUCUUGCGUCCAGCACGUCGAACUCGGCACUGGUCAGUACUAACACGUCGGCUUCUGGCGGCUUGGGUGGUGGUGGGCAUGACCCAUCACUGGCACAACAACAAAUGAAACUGUUUCCGGGCUUAGGCGGCGGUGGUGGUGGCGGCGGCGCUGGUGAUUUAGGCGGUGGAAAUAUUUUAGUGUCGGCCUUACAACAACCGUUGUUGAAUAAUAUGCAGAAGGGAGCGAUGUUUGCGCCAAUGCAACACCAACAGCAGCAACAGCACAUGCUUGGCCAGCCGCCGUUACAACAACAGCAGCCACCGCUUGGUGGUAGUUUCCUGGGAGGAGGAAAUUCCUUAUUGAAUAGCAAAGAUUAUUUGCUCGGUGGGGAUGACAGCAUCUUGAGUGGCGGUUCAAGCGUUCCGUUGUACCGUCGUCAGGCCAUGGGUAACGGUAGUUUGAACAGUAAUUUAAGCAACAGCUUGAAUAUAAACGCUAGCACCGCCAACAAUGCCCUCAACCACAGCCAAUCGAGCAAUCACAGCAGCAACUACAAUAGCAUUGGCGGCCUUACGUCAUCGAUCGGCGGUGGCAACAAUGCUAGCGGGCGUUUGCUACCACCACCAGACAAUAUACUCAGCGGUGGCACCACUGAUAUACUGGCCGGCUUGAAUACCAGUGCAAGCAACCUCAUCGAAGCGUUGUUCCAAACGAGUUCAACAACAAGUUCGGCGCCCAGCACCUCAAUGCCCAAUAACACGAUUACAACGACCACCGGUCUGGAGCAGCAACAACAACAACAACAGCAGCAAGCGCAACAUCCACCGCCGCCAACGCAGCAACCAACAGGUGUUGUUGGCAACAAUAGCAGUAGCUCAUUUCAGAAAAUGUUUAACAAUUAUGACAUUUAUGGUACGCCAUCAGCGGCGGCAAAAAAAUAUGAAUUGGAUUUGUUUAUGCGCGAUCAUCAGCUGGGUAGCGGCAAUGGUGGUGGCGGUGGUGGUGGUGGCAGCGGUGUCGGCGGUGGCAAUAGUGGCGUCAACAACGAUGCAACGCUCACCAACAAUCAUCAAACGCAUUAUCACAACAACAACAAUGUGGAUAAUCGAAAUAGCACAACGUAUGCCGCGGUUCUCAGCCAAGGGCAGCACCAUCAACAACAGCAGCAGCAGCAACACCAUCAACAACAACAGCAGCAGCACCACCAUCAACAACAGCAUCAUACAAUGCAGCAGCAGCAACAACAACAACAACAUAACAAUUUUCAUCAUCAUCAUCCAAACGCCGCCGGUCAUCAUGCCGAGCCGCCCACCAGCGCCGCACCAGGUAGUGGCGUAGGUGUUGGCAGCGCUGUUGGUAGUGGCAACACCAGUGGCGGCGGUGGUGGUAGCGGCGUUGAAAUAGAGAAGGAUCUCUUUGCGGCCAUACGCGAACUGGGUCAAGGCACGAAUGGGUUCUAUAAUUAUUUUCAAUAAGUAGAUAACUUUGCCUAGCUGCUGUUGAGCCAUUGUCCUUGCAGUCUCUUCUUUCUUACUUUUUUUUUUUAGCAAGCAAUGGUGGUAGUGUGGUGAAGUUCUUUUAGGCUUAAAAAUGCUGUGUGUGGGCGUAUGAGCCAACAAGUUUUUGUAGUUUAGCGCUGGGCACGAUUUUUGUUGCACAGCACUGACGUGUUGUAAUGAUGAUGUCAUAUGAUGUUGUGGGGGCGCUGCGUGGACUGCGCGUAUAUUUUUGGCGACGUUCAGUGUGAGUGGUAGGCGGGCGGCGGGCAAGUAUUUCACAUUCAUUUAGAUUGUUAUGGUGACUACGCAGAGAUAGGGUCAAGGAGAGCGAGAGCAAAAGUUGAUAAGAGUUGAAAGAAAUUUAAAAAUUUUCACAUUUCUGGCAUUUAAAAAUUGCAUCAUCGUUGCGUGAGCGACUAAACUGCCAAACUAAGAAAUUUAGAUACGAUUAUUGUCGAAUUAAAGGGGUGAAAGUUCUGGUAUUUUUUUUUUAUACCUUUGAAGGUUAUUUUAUUGGGAAAAAAGUAUGAAAUACUGUAGCUUUUAACUGCAAAUUUGCAUAGCUCUUACUUUCGCGUAUUUUGUAGUAGACAUUUUUGAUAAAUAUGCAUAUUUCGAAAAACAUAACCCCAAAAUAUUUUUUUUUUUCAUAUCCAUCAACGAAAGCGAUAACGUAACCACAGCAGCAUUCAAUUUUUUUUUUCUUUAGUUGCUUCUUUUGAUUUCUGCUCUUCUUCAACCCUGUAUUCUUUUUUUUUUUUUUUUUUUAAUGAAAACAUCACCAUCUUUUCCACGUCUUCCUGCCAUUUUAAGCCCAUUUUGCUCUUAUUAUUGUAAAUGUAAUUUAUAAUUAUUAAUUUAAGUUGUAAGUUUUUAUAAUAUUGUAUAAUCAUUUAUUUUCAAAAAGUGGUAGUAUUAAAAAUUAUUUCUAAUUUGUAAAAAAAUAAUCCAAGCUUAGCUUAAGAAGGGAAAAUUUGUUUGGAAGACAACUUAUUCGUCGACGUGCGUGAAAUGGAAACUGUAUCUCUCUCUCUCUCCCUCCUAAUCUCAAUCAACUCUCUGUUGAGUACACACCGCGACUUAACGCACCACCACACUGAUGUCGCCAGAGCCAAAACGCGCCUAAUUUAUUUAUCGUAUAUGAAAAAAAAAA